AGAUACCGAGAACAAGAAACAGCAUCUCUACAACUACAGGAUUUAGUUUGACGUUGAGAAGGCAUGGCUGAACACAUGAUGAUGCCUAUGACCCACGGCUCUGCUGGAGGAGGCCUGCAUGGGUACCGCAUGGGAAUGAACGGCCCUUCUCCACACGGACAUCAGCCCGGUCUGCGGACCCUCCCCAAUGGGCAGCUCAUGCACUACAGCAGGGGGCCCCAGAGCUCAAUGGACGCGGCCAUGAGGCAGAGGAACGUGAUGAACGGCGUCAUGAAUGGACCUGUCAAUGGACAGAUGAGCAGCGGACACCCCCACCAAAUGCAACAACCCAGUAUGAUGUAUGGAGGUCCAAAUCAGCAACUGCAGGGUCACCCUCCAACCCAGCACCAUCAUAUGCACCCCCAGAGCCAGCACCCACAGCAGUAUAUGGGUGGAGGAGGCCUUACAGCAUCUCAGCAGCUUAUGGCGAGCAUGCAUCUUCAGAAACUCAAUACUCAGUACCGUGGACACCCUCACGGGCCUACGAAUAGCCAUCACAUGGGAAACGUCCAGCACAGGAUGGGUCCUGCUCAGUUGGCAGGUAUGCAGAUGGGGAUGGGUGGGCCAGCAUUGGGCCUCAAUGUCAUGGACAUGGACUUGAUUGAUGAGGAGGUUCUGACGUCCUUGGUGCUGGAGUUCGGGCUGGACCGGGUUCAAGAGUUGCCUGAGCUUUUCCUUGGACAAAACGAGUUUGAUUUCAUCUCGGACUUUGUGUGCAAGCAGCAACCAAGUACUGUCAGCUGCUGAGGUUCUUGAAUCAGAGAAAGACGUGGUCACCAAGAUGAAGCUGGGGCAAGACAAGAAAAGCUAAAACAACCAGGUUCUCCAUGUCUGUGAAGCUGUCUUUCAGUGAGGGCAUAUACUUUAAGUUCUGGAUGUUCUUCAUUCUUUGAAGAAGAACCGGGUGCAAGAGUGGUUUUGGCGAGCAGGCCUUGUCUCGUCCCAUUGGUCAACCUGGAUUGAUGUGACCAAGUCUCCAAGGGUUGAAUGCAACUUCACAUGUUGGAAAACAAAGUCUGCUUGAAUCUUUGCAGAAACUGCUUUGCCUCCUCAGGGGGCAUCUAGAAUCAAUAGCAUUUAGAAAUGUAUUUAUGAAUAACAGCUACCAAAAAGAAGACAUGAUUUGUGGUGAUAGAGACUCGCCUUUUCUCAAACUAACCCCAUAACUUGUGAUAAAAAGCUGUUUGAAUGAGUGCGUUAUGUGGGAAUUGAAGUCUGGUACUUCAAAACGGGUUGUUUUUCCAGUAGCUCUUAAUGAUAUUUGAAAUCUUAAGGGGGUGGUGAGGUGGUAGUGGUUGGGUACUUUGUGCACAGUGUUUCCAUUCUAUUGUUAUUCAAAAUUUGACUUAAAAAAAAGAAAAUGUGUCUUAUUUUUUUUGCUACAUCUGACUGAAUAAGACCCGAAAUUACUGUCUUACAUUCACUAUAGGAUGUGUCUUGAUACUUUCAGGAAUAUUUCAGUCUUGACUGGGAAAUGGUGGAAUGUUUUGUAGCCUCCCUUAUGAAAUGCUGAGCCUGUGCUCCAUGCUGAUGAUGAGUCUGAACUAUAAAACUGCCUUAUAGUUUUUUACACGGAUACUGAUAAGUAUUCACUGUAGACAUUCUUACCUUGUUCCACGGAAUGAGGAAGAAACUGCUGUCUUUGUCGCCUCUUUGAAUCAUACAUCGAAACUCCAGCUGUUAUGUAGUGUUUGCUCAUAUGCUUCUUAUUGUAGUGAAGAAUGUGGACCACAAUCUCCAUUAAGCCACAUGCUAAAUAAACAAUUUCUGCUUGUUUCUAAAUUGAGCUGAAUGUCAAUCAUCCAACUAUUGGUCAAAACAACCACUAAACAACCAAACAUAACACACAUUUCCUGAUUGGUGCAUUGAAAGCCUAGCUCACAAACCAGCACAAAAAGUUUCUUCCUUUCUCGCUCCCCAAACACUUCAGGUUUUACAUUCAAAUUACACUUGCAACCUUCUUGUUAAUUGAGGUCAGCACGGUCAGUCAUCUCAGAUGGCCUGAUGAUUACAAAAUGGACAUGUUCAUUUGCUUGCUAUCGCUCAGGGUGUAAUGAAGGGUUAUUAAGGGCUGCCCUGCUGGUUUUGAGAACUUCCUGUGUCGUUAUGUUGCUAGUUCUUGUGCUGAGUUCUCUGUGGGGGUUGGAUUGGUAUGGAAAUAGCACAGUGUACAAUACUACUAGGUUAAUCUGUUCUACCAGAGCCAGGCUCAACUCUUGCCGCCCCUGCUGGGGUAAUUGCUGUACGUACAGCUUAAAAUUGUGAACAAUUGACACCAAAUGAAAAUGCACAAAUUGAUGGGUCAUAUCCUGUGUUUUACAACUCCAUCUUGGCAGAUUGUUUACAUAUGGGAUGAAAAAUUCAAUUUUCAGACUUUGAUUUCGUCAGCUGUAUUUCUCGUAUCAGUAGAGAUUGGUAGAUAUUGCUUAUUCUGUAAUUUGUGAUACUUGGAUAAUUAUUAACAAACCACAUCUAGAAACAGAAAAAUCAAAUGAUCUGUAGAUUUGUAAUUGAUGAUUAAAUGAUUUUUCACAUUCCCAGCGAUCCAAACAUGUUCUUUUUUUGUUGUUGUUUUGUUUAAGGGAUGGAGUACGUGAAGGUUUAAAUGAAUGCUACUUGAGUUUGUCAGUCUUAAUGUCCCUUGCAAAUGCAAUUGUAUGUUCUCUUUCAAGCUGUGUACUGUCAUGUACUGACGCCAUGCUCCCACAAAUGCUUUUUUGAAAUGUUGUUGAUUCUAUCUUAAGAAAAUGUAUUUAUUUUCAUUGAAAAUAAAAUAUUUAUUUAAAGACA